AUGGAAGUGGAAGCUCCGCGAAUUAGGAGGUCUAUGCCUCAAAGGCCCUCACACCGUACUCUUCUCCCGCUUCAUGUUUCUUCCUCUUCCUCGUCCAAUGUUUCCAACACAGUUUCCUGCUGGUAUUGCGACUACAAGAUCUCCUCAUUUAACAGACCUCUUUUCCACGUUGGUCGCCGAUACUCGAGGUUUUUCAGAGUAUGGUUUUCAAUUGGGGUUGGGUUUGCCCUCUCUGCGUUACUUGGAGUUACUUUGGUUCUCCUUUGGGAACUAGCCAGAACAUUGCUUCUCCGUGGUGGCAGCAAUAAGCUUGGAAGCUUUGCCAAACUGCCUCUUAUGCAGGUGCCUGGUUUAAGUUUAUCACUUGCUGAUGUUGGAUACCUAUGUGUUUCUACCGUCAUAUCCAUCUUCGUGCAUGAAUUUGGUCAUGCAGUUGCUGCCACAAGGUCGGCACUACUUAAUGUUUCAGAAGCUGAAGUUGUACUAUACAUCUAUUGUCCCACUUCUCCCUUCCCCACUCAGGAUGGUAUAGAAGAAAGCACCCUGGGUUUGUCUCAGAUGUUGCAACCUGAACUUGGCUAG